AUGUCCAAUGAAACAAAUGUAUCUGAAGAAGAAAUUAAUGAAAUAGUUCCAUCUGCAAAAGUUCAAUUUUGGACAUUUCUUAUUUUUGAAAUUCCAUCACUUAUUUGUCUUAUUUAUCUUGUCUAUCAUUUAUUAACAAAUAAAAAUUUACGACAAGCAUUAAACAACCAUGUGAUUAUCAUUUUACUUUUUCUCUGUUUAAUCAUAGAAAUUAUUGAUAUUCCUUUAUAUCUCGAUGCAUUUCUACACAAUGGAACAAAUUCAUUUCAUCCUUCAACAAAUAUUUGUCUUCUUUGGUGGCUCAUUGAUUAUGGUGCUUAUGGUGCUGUUAUAAUCAUGUUAACAUGGGCAUCAUUUGAAAGACAUAUUUUGAUUUUUCAUCAUAAUCGAUUUCUUAGUACAAAACGAAAAAGAAUCAUAUUUCAUUAUAUUCCAUUAGGAUUAAUCGCUAUUUAUAUCAUUGGAUUUUAUAUUGGUGUCAUCAUAUUUCCUCCAUGUGAAAAUACAUUUGAUAUGGAUUCAUUAUCAUGUGGUUCAUCUCCUUGCUAUUUGGAAGUAACAUGGUUAGACAUGUGCGAUUUUAUGCUGAAUGGGGUCAUUUGUACUGUUAUUGAGGCAAUAUGUAGUGUUGGUCUUCUUAUUCGAGUAAUAUGGCAGAAACAUCGUGUUCAUCAACCGAUUCUUUGGAGAAAACAUCGAAAAAUGACUAUUCAAUUGCUUUCUAUUUCGACUUUGUCUUUAAGUAUUAUCUUUCCACAAAGUUUAUUAGCUUUUAUUCGAAAGAUGAUACCAGGAAUGGAUAGUUUUGCCGCUGUUUCAGCAUCUUAUUUCUUCUAUUUGGUAUCUUUCGUUAUUUUGCUUUUACCUAUCGUAUCAUUAGCUUGUUUACCAGAAUUAUGGCGUAAAUUUUUAAUAUUCAAGAGAAGACCGCGACAAACAAUUACAGUUCCUUUCGUCGCUGCCCCUAAACGAAGAAUCGAUUUGAAAUGA